UAUGAAAUAAUUUUUUUAACUAAUUGUGGUUUGUGCAAGAACAGCCUCCGAAAAUCUAUUUUUCCAAAGCCACAAUAGUAUCAAAGGGCUGUUCUUGCAGUUUGUUCGUUGUUGCUAGUCAAAUCUCUGCUCACAACUCCCGUUAAUGUCCUUUUGCUCUCGUCUUCUUCACUAAUCCCAAAUCCCACUAUGGCAAUUGCAGCACUCACCUGCAAUUCGACUCCAAACUCUCUCACUCAUCGAUCCAUCAGAAGGAGAAAUGGCAUCUUAUUCAUGGCGAUUCCCACUUGCAGAAGCAUCAGUUCGAGAUCACUGUCGCUACCCGAGCUCGUCUUCAAGAUCCCACGCUGUUCUUCCAAGCGCAGAAGAAACCCCAUUUGCCCUCCACUCAAAUCCGUCUCCCCUGUGAUGGAAUGGCAGAAUUGCACGGCUAAGAUGGAAGUUGAUAUACCUGCCUCGGUUGCCUAUAAAUGCUACUCAGAUCGUGAAGCUAUUCCGAAAUGGAUGCCAUUCAUUUCAUCUGUGAAGGUAUUGGAAGAUAACCCUACAUUAUCACGGUGGUCACUAAAAUAUAAUGCUUUUGGUCAAGAUAUCGAGUUCUCCUGGCUUGCUCGAAACUUACAGCCGACCCCUAAUCAAAAAAUCCAUUGGCGGUCUCUUGAAGGUCUUCCAAACAGAGGUGUUGUACGAUUUUAUCCAAAGGGCCCCUCGUCUUGCCUUGUAGAAUUGACAGUCUCCUAUGAAGUUCCUCCUCUUCUGUCUCCAGUGGCCUCUGCGCUGCAGCCUUUGCUUGAGAGAUUACUUCAACGAGGCCUUAAAAGCUUUGCCAUGUUUGCCAAGAAAUACCAAACGUCUUGAAGACUGAAAUUAUUGUUAUAUGGGUAUCAUACAUUACUAAUUUUUUUCCAAAUACUCUUAUUGACAAAUGUAAAAUCUUGAACAGAAUCAUUUGUUUUACUAAAGAAUUUCAUUUAGUCUACAAAAAUACGCUGAGCCCAGCUAAUUUAUUGA